AUGGCGAUGUGGUUCCUCUCCCUUCACCUGCUUAUCUCUAUUGCCAUGUUGGCCAGUUGCUCUGAGUUGGACAGAUUUCCAGACAAACUGAGUAUCGUGGAACGGACAGGGAGCAUCAGUUUGGCAUGCAAGGCACCAGCUUCCACUGAGGUCACCUGGAAACUGGAUGGAGAAUCUUUUCCUCCUGGGAGGGAGCUCACCCUGGAGAAUGUGGAUCAGCCAGAUGCUGGAAAUUACACAUGCUGGCAGAAUGGGACAAUGGUGAACCACACCUACCUGGUGAUCAGCGAGAAGGAUCAAUCACCCAUUUUCUCCAAUACAAUACGUUGUCGUGACCGAACAUUCAAUGGUAACAUCAUCUGCUCCUGGCAAACCCGCAGUGCAGCAGUCUUCAAGCUGACGUACUACAGGAGAAUUCCAGACAGCAGCUGUCGCUAUUUGGAUUACUCCAAUUCUGGAACUAACCACAUUUACAAUUUCACAGUGGACAACUACUCACCUUAUGCAGAGGAAUACAGCCCCUAUAUUUUUGUUGUGGAGGCGAUAAACAGUGCCUCUUACCAAAAGCAGCAAGUUGUCCUUCAUGUGGAGAACAUAGUUAUACCAGAUCCUCCACAGAAUAUUACAGUUACACAAGUGGGAAACAAUACUUGGAAUGUCUCCUGGCUGUACCCAUGCACCUGGAUUGAACCGUAUUCCUAUUUUCCACUGCACUUUGAGAUGGAGUACAAACUGAAGAAGGCUUAUGGCAAAUCGGUCACAAGGGUUCAGAUAGAUGGCCUCAGCAAACUGAUCGAACCCAGUCCAGCUGCAAAAGUUCGCAGAGUUCGUAUCAAGGCAAAGGACAGGUUCUUAAGCUCACCUUGGAGUGAAUGGAGUGAAUGGAUCUAUAGCAAACGUAAGAAGAAAGGCAAAAAGACAAAAAUAAAAUCCCUGCACCCAUCAAGACGACACCAUUAA